AUGUCUGAAGCAGAGUGUACUGGAAUUAGCACAUUUGUUCAGAACAUUGAAAAGAAGAAAUACGACCCAAGAGAAGUGUUUGCGUAUUCUACGGCACAUUCAGGCAAUUUUGACGACUGCUGGCUGGUAUUGGACACAUUUCUGAAGACGGUGCCUGAGAGCAACGAGUUGCUUCGGGAUGAAAUACUCGCGUACCAAAUAGCACUGUACAUCAACAACAAGAGGGAUCCAACCGAUCUGCUUGCAAACAUCAAGAACGGUCAUUUGCCAAAGAUUCUGGUUGUAAAGGGAUUCUACUGCUACAACAAGGGCAUUUAUGAACAGGCCUACAAAUUAUUUCAGGAAGCAAAAUACAGGAAGGGAAUGGAGAUGUGCUACGUCUACACGAACAAGAAGAAGGUGAUUGAGGGCAAGAAUGAGCUGUUUAAGGUCUUUGUAGACCCGGCAAGAUGGGGAGGACUGACAAUUGAUGAAAUCAGGAAUUCAGACAGUUUGAAGUAUAUUGCAGGAGACAAUAACAUUUUAUAUAGGAUGAAAUUGAGUAGCAAGUAUGAUGAUGCUAAGAACGUGAAUGUGUUACUGAACAACAUCAAGGUGGAUUUGGACUAUGUAGAGAAGCUCAAGGAUACGAGAGACAAGCUGAAGUAUACGGCAGAAGUGGACUACUUGAUUGGGAUGAUCUACCACAAAAUGGGCACAAUUGAUAAGGCAAUUGAGUACUACGAGGAUUCGAUAAAGUGUGAUGCAUCAUACAUGCCAGCAGUGUACAAUUUGUGUAGAAUCAAGCACAGAAUAGCAGCAGAGACACUCGGAUACGUGGAAGUAGAGGAUUUCAAUGCCAUCACGAAGUAUCAUGAUGGUGCCAAGGAUAUUGAUCUGAGCAAGUGUUCUGAUCGAAUUAGGAGGAUUCUGUCUAUGAACAUGAGCAAGAAGACUAUGAUGAGCGAUUUAGAGCGAAAUAGUGAUGAAUUGAAGCUGAAUGAAGCAAUUGUAUUGAAUAAUCUGGGUGUAUUCAACAAUAACCCAAAUAAAAUAAGAGAGGCUAUUGAAAUUGAGAAGAAUGAAAGCAGAAGGAGACACUUCACCUACAAUUUAGGGUUGUUGACAGGUGAUUCAUCAAAGAUGAGGGAAUCAGGGCUACCUGAGGGAGAAAUAAAUGCAGAAUACGCUGAAUUCAAGAAGACAGGAAAAGAAAUGACGGAUUCAAUUUACAGAAGUUACCUCAAUGAAACUGAAAUUGAAUUUGAUGGAGAUCAGGAGACAGAGGAAUUCCAGAAUGGGAUCAAUGGAUAUUUCAUAUACAAGAAACUGGUAAAAUCAAUUGAUCAGAAUAGUGAGAUAGCAGCAACACCAGAACAAUUCAGACUGCUGAACAAUCUGUAUGAUUUAGCUGCUAAAACAUCCUCAUUCUACGUCCUGAAUAUGCUGGCAGUUGUCUACGUGAAAUUGGGCUAUUUUGAUAAGGCUGAUCUCAUUUUCAGGCAACUUGAAAAUGAUCUGAAAACUGGGAAGUUUGAUCAGUUCAAGGAUGCCUUAUUCACAAACAUGGGAAAUAUGCACGUGAUGAAUGGUGACUACAAUAGAGCAGCACAGUAUUACACGAAGAAGAGUGCUAUUGAUGAGAGUGAGUUGGAUGAAAUAGCUGAUAAAAUAACUGAUAUCAAAAUAGUUGAGAAAGUGAUUGGAAAGAGCAGUGGAUUUGAUAAGUUGAGUAAACAGGUGAAAGUUACCAAAACAAGGAUGCUACUGGAACAGGACGUAGAGAAGGCUGAGGAGUAUGCUAAGAAAGAGGAUAUUCAGUCAUUGGUUCAGAAUGACAUCAACAGGCAGAAGGAGAAGGAGAAGACGAAACAGCUGCAAAUUCGCCAACUUCGUGAACAAAGAAAGAGGUUCAAGGGAGAAUAA